CUAAACCUCAUCUUCUGUCUCAGCACGGGUCCUUUAAGCUAAUGCUAAUACUUAUUAGCUACGUACGCAGUUGGUCGCUGUAACGGAGAUGGUACGGUGGUUUAUCUCUGCUGAGAAUGAACUCAAAGGAUGUCAGGGAUGACUUGACAGUAAUAACAUCUGCCUGCUUUGACGUCUUUCUGCAUCACCCCAGCUCUGUCGGAUAGAGCGACUUCAAACUAUCACAGCCCCUUCCUUCAAAGGCCGAAACAGAAAACAUUUUCCGCCUCCUUCCAUAAACCAAGAAAGACGAUGUAUUGCCUUCAGUGGCUGCUCCCUGUGCUGCUCAUCCCCAAGCCGCUGAACCCAGCUCUGUGGUUCAACCACUCCAUGUUCAUGGGUUUUUACCUGCUCAGCUUCCUGCUGGAGAAACCCUGCACCAUCUGUGCCUUGGUCUUUCUGGCUGCCCUCUUCCUCAUCUGCUACAGUUGCUGGGGCAACUGCGUCCUUUACCACUGCCAGGAUGCUACACUGCCGGAUGCUGCCCACGACCCAGCCAUUGUUGGGACCUAGGAGAGGAGCAGCACGAGCACCACCAGCAGCAGGAGGAGGAGAAGAGAACUUUUGGAGAGCAGGGAGAGGGGUGUAAGGCAUUGCUGAGGUAUUACUGUAGAAAGAUACUGCCAUGCUGAGAGUGGUGAAGAUUGCUCGGGGGGAUUACCAAGAGUGCUCAUCCAAAGACAAACUGAAGAAGAGCUGGUCUUGGAGGGCUAUGGGUGCUGCGUUUUGUUUUGUUUUUCUCUUCAUGCUGUAAAGAAUAAAUCGAGGAGUGGAAGGCUGUGUCAGGGGUCACGUUAGGUGUGCUCUUAUCUAACAGGCAGCGAAGGAGAGGCAUCCAAACUUGAAAAGGGAAGGACAUGUAUGAGCAUGACUCGAUGCUGAGGGAAGAAGAAUUUCACUUAUACAGUAUAAACUACAUGUGACAUCAGCUUAAAGUCACAGGUGUGGGUGCUUUGCAUUAUGCUAAUGUGUCUCUAUCUUGUGUCUUAGCUGCUCCCACAUGGAUGAUGGGGGUGAAAGAGACACCUGAAGCAUCCCCUUGAGUUUUUUAUAAUGGGAUGGAAGCUCAUCCAUGAUGGCAGGGGAGGACCAGUUUUUGGAUCAAGUUAAAAGAGAGGAUGCAAGGAAGUUCAAGUUAGCAUAAUGAAAAUCACUCUCUGUUUCAGUGUUCUGGUUCUUGUUUACUUCUACGAGAGUUCAUGUUUUCCCCCCAAACCUGUUGGCUCAUCUUUUUAGACUGAAAAUAUUUUGCUCCUCAAAACUGCCAAAAAUAACUUAACCCCUCUGAAAACAGCUCCGGCAGCCACGAUCACUCGCUUGAGAAACUUUGACCGCCCGGUGGUGUUAGCAUCAUGCCUUUGGCAGUCCCAGAUGACCAAACUCUGUCGCCACUUUGGCUCUGCACACGUAACGCUCAACAAGGCGAGCACACUGACUCUGGACAAUCAGUAACUACGCUGUGAACACCCCCCCUCCCGCCCUGCCCCGCUGCCGCUACACAAACGCACCUCAAAAAGGUGAACUAAUGCUGAGGACCCACCCUGUUAUGACCCGGAGCUGGCCCCUUCCUCAUCUCCUCAUCGUCCUGCCUCAGUGUGACCUUCCCUACUGUCAUCUGAUCUUUUUCUUUUUCAUUUGCAGAUUAAUUUUUCAUUUGCAUGAGUUCCUGUUAGUUUUUUUUUCUUCUUUUGUUCCCAAGCAUUAAGAUGACACAUUUUUAAUGAGUUAAAACAAAAUGCUGAAAGUUUCCAAAGGGUAGAAAAAUGUGGAUGUUUGGGUGAAUGAAAGACUUGUGUAAUGUGCGACAGGUGUGUGUUCUUUGUGAUCAUAACAUGAUAAGAAAAUGUUGCGAUACACUCGGAAACACAAAGGCUGUGGUCAGCAUUUCCAGCCACAAUAAGCAAUACAGAGUGCUGGCUGAAGAAGUGGUUUGAGCUUUUCACAGGUGACUGGAGUUUCCACAGGUGUCAGUGCUGUAAGUGUUAUGUUUAGCUGUCACACACAGGCUAAGGUGUUUGUACUCUGUACCUGUUGGCACGUUUGAGAGAGUGUGUGUGUGUGUGUGUGUGUGUGUGUGUGUGUGUGUGUGUGUGUGUGUGUGUGUCCUCCUGUCGCAGUGCUCAGUAUGCUCACUGCUACAUGAUUGCUUUGGUUUUAAUUUAAAUAAAAUUUUCCUCCUAAUGUGUUAAACUGUGUGGGGUUCAGUGUCAAGCAUAAAAAGGUAUUUUUGAUUAAAAAAAUAUAUCAGUAAGA